CGCUUUGUUUAUAACUGGUCUGGUCGUAAUGUGGAUUGCCCAAAAAUGACUAGUACUGGUGUGUUUCAUUUGGAUAUGCCGGAAGCUCCAAGUUAUGAUGACAGUGAAGAAAAUUCUCACGAUUAUUGCUCGACAAAUGGAGGGGUAGAGGUAAGGUGUUUCAUUUUAAAACUAGUGUUAUAGGAUGAGUUUCUUGAACGUGGCCCACUUAAGCCAGAUGAGUAAGAUUAAAAGAUUUUUGCUUUAAUUAAUCUGUAGACUCGAUGAAAACAUCAAAACAGUUGAAAUUUGCGAAGAGACAGUGAAUCCUGGUCAGCCUAAAGUUCGGCCACAUGAUUUUCAACUUCUGAAAGUCCUUGGGAAAGGUGGUUAUGGAAAAGUUUUUCUUGCACGCAAAAAUGACACUGGUCAAACCUAUGCCAUGAAAGUUUUAAAAAAAGCCUCGAUUGUGACCAACGCAAAGGAUACUGCACACACUAAAAGUGAGAGGAAUAUACUCGAAAUGAUUAAACAUCCAUUUCUGGUUCAAUUGCAUUUUGCUUUCCAAUCCCCUGGGAAGCUUUACCUAGUCUUGGAGUUUCUUGCUGGAGGUGAGCUGUUCAUGCAACUUGAGAAAGAGGGAGUGUUUAUGGAAGAUCAAGCCAGUUUUUAUUUGGCGGAAAUAACUCUUGCCAUUGGUCAUCUUCAUUCGAUGGGGAUUGUUUAUCGAGAUUUGAAACCCGAAAAUGUACUUUUAGACCAUCAAGGUCAUGUUAAACUGACGGAUUUUGGAUUGUCUAAGGAGAGAGUCGAUCGUGAUAAUUUAACUCACACAUUCUGCGGGACUAUUGAGUACAUGGCUCCCGAAAUAUUGUUACGUCAAGGACACGGGAGAGCCGUUGAUUGGUGGAGUCUUGGCACGCUUAUGUAUGAUAUGCUUUCGGGAUCUCCUCCAUUUACAGGCGAUGAUAGAAGACAAACUAUUGACUUGAUAUUACGAGGUGACUUUAUACCUGUACCUUAUUUAAGUCGAGAAGCCGUGUCACUUAUAUCCAAGCUUUUAGUUGUUGAUGUCAAUAGACGCCUUGGUUCUGGUCCAUCCGAUUCCGAGGCGAUCAAAAUGCAUCCAUUUUUUCGUAAUACUGAUUGGGAUCGUGUUCUGAAAAAACAGGUUGAACCACCCUUCCGACCCACUUUGACAUCUGACACAGAUGUUUCUCUUUUUGAUCCAAAAUUCACGCAAGAAAAUCCCGUCGAAAGUCCGGAUGAGGGCUUGCCAAUAUCUGCAAUGGUUUCUGAUGUUUUUGAAGGAUUUACUUAUGUCGACCCCCAAAUUCAUAUUGACAUGGCUCGUGACCCAUGGGUAUCUACUUGGCAAACCAGUUCACGCUCGCGUCGAAGGUCUGGGAUUUCAUCUAGCAGUUCACCGGGCUUCGUUGGACAUACAAUUAUGGCAAAUCCAAAUACACUUAUGCAAGGAACUGAUGCUCUACAUAUUGGAACCCCUCACCCCGAGCAGUUGCAGUCUACGUUGGUUACACAUCUUCCAAAUACUAUUCAAACUUCUAUCCCGACUCAGUCACAGCCGUUUGUUUUUGCUGAAGAUUUCGAGGAUAUGGACGUCGCUAGUACUAAUUUAACCUACAGCAACAACCCACUUGAUAGUCAUUCAACCGCCAUAAACACUGUCAAUAUAUCCACCAGUAAUUCUGUAAGACCUACAUAUGCUUUACCUCUCGGUUCUCAUCGCUUAGAAAAUAGUCGAGUGAUGGAAACUGGUAUUUGUGAUCCAUAUUCAUCGCGCUCCGGCGAACAUGUUAAUGGAAUAUUCCCAAAACCACUUGAUACACGUCUAGUAAGCCCGUCAAGUUCUGCUGCCGCACAGGUAUCAGCACUUGCUGCAGCAGCGCUUGCUACUUCAUCUCGUUUGGUUGGUUCUUCUGUACACAUACCUUCAAUUGCGUCUCAUAACUCUUCCAAUCGACCUUUCAUGAAUGAGCAUAUGAUGUUUGAUCCUCAAAAUAUCAGACUUAUGAAUUUGGGAAAAUCACAACCACAAACUCCAUUAACUGCAGUAGAAAGUUUGCAUGUUCAAAGGAAAUAGUUUCUGUUCGUUGAAAUUAAAAUAAUGAAGCUGUUCAAGUUUUUCUGUAUUUCUCAGGCUUCAUAAUUUCAUUUGUAUGAACUAAGUGGAUCGGUAUGUAUUAUGGACACCUAGUUUUAUUUCAUGAAUGUUAGAAUUUUGAUGCGAAUUUUGUCAUUUUCCCUUUUCUGAUAUGCGUAUUUUGUAUGCAACUGAUAUAUUUUUGUUGUGUGCUAUUUUCAUCCCAAAAAAGCUCAUCUGUGAGUUUCUUCAUGUACAAUACCUUACACGUACUGUUAACAAGAUUCUGUUUUUGAUUCCUACCCAGGAAUAUUAUAUAUAUAUAUAUAUAUAUAUA